AUGGGACGUGAGGAGCAUGGAAGGACUUGGCGCAUGGACGCAGCUCAACUGGAUACGCAAAGGAAGAAGGGAGGAAGCCAUCUUGAAGACCAGCUCGACCAUCUACUCGACCAACCGGUCGAGUUCCUCAACUCGACCGGCCAAGCUUCAACUCGAUCGAGCUGGAAGUCAAAGUCAAACCCGAAAAAUGCGAUUCUCCACAUGGAAGUGAUGGAAAUCGCUGGAAAAUAUCCACUAAGAGCUCCAAUAACUCUUGCUCUCGAAAUGGAUUUCAAGGGGUUGGAUGGAUUAGUUUGGGCAAUGAUCCUAUGGCCUCCAAGGUGUAUGCGAACUCGAUCGAGUCGGUCUACAGAGGACUUGGUCGAGCUAGACUUUACAACGGGUAGAAAGAGGGUUCAGAGGUCACAGAGGGUACAAGAGGAACCUGAGGUGCUUGUUGCUGAUACAAUGGAUGUACCAGAGGGGAAUGGAAACCCUUUGGGCAAUGGACUCGGUCGAGCUAGGCAAACUCGACCGAUUGGUCUAGGAGAUGCUCCAAACCGCCACCAACAGAGACAAGGGAUUGUUCCACCACCAGUGCAGAACCACAACUUUGAGAUCAAGCUGGGAAUGAUCAACCUUGUUCAGAACAAGAUGUUCCAUGGAUUGCCAAGUGAAGACCCCAUUGACCACCUUGAUGAGUUUGAUAGGCUUUGUGAUUUGACAAAGAUCAAUGGUGUCUCUGAAGAUGCCAUCAAGCUGAGACUCUU